AUGUUUUCAGCUGUAAGAGGCAUACUAUCUAAACUAGUCUCCCCAUUGUGGAGCACUGCACAGGUGGAUGCUGAUGGCGGUUCACGUUCACCGGACUCGGAGACCAUUCGCCAGCUCUGCGACGGCGUGGUGACCCAGCUGAGUCUAGACUACGGCCUAAUAGAUGACGCCAUUUACUUCACCAGUGGCGUGGUGCUGGGUGGGGUGCCGCUCAAAGUAGGUGACAUGGUGAACUGCAUUGCCGUGGGAGAUGGCGCCCAAGGCGGAUGGAAAGCUCUCAGGGUGAUGAAGAGUUGUGAUGCAUGGGAAGGUAGAGGAGGAAUAUCUGUGGAAGAUGAAUGUGCCCAGCUGCGACCUCUCAUCGGAAGAGUCACGUCGUAUGACGGCAAAGGUGGCCAAAUCAACAACACCACUUACUUCUCGUGCUCCAGUCUAUGGGAAGGUUACGAGCCCAUGAAAGGAGAUUGGGUACAAGCAACGUAUUUAAUUGACCCCAACCAAUGGACCACACAGGCUCAAUCUGUUGCCCCUUUACGCUUUUGCCGUCUUAAUCAGGUGCGUGUGACCAGCAUUUACGAAAAAGAGGGUGUAGUGGGAGACAGUGUGUUCUUCUGCCUGGACUCACUGAUGCUUCCUGCGCACUACAGGCCCUUACCAGGCCAUGUUGUGAACUUGGUGAUGUUGGAGAGCAGCCAGUCCCGCUACCACUGGAGGGCCCUGUGCAUGGCCCCAUGCACAGAGGGGAACAAAGGCUCAAAGACACACCAUCUCAAGUUCUGCAACUUUGCUGGCUGGGACUCUGAAGAACAGUUCUUUCUGAAAACACUUGAGAGGGAACUCAAAGAACCUGCGUCUGACUCUUGUCCCGUUCCUGUGGAAGAACGAGGAAGUCAUGCUGGAGCGACAGGUGGCAAGGAGACGCAGCACUCUCUCGGUGUGAGAAGGGAAGAAAGAGGGGCAGAUAUUCCUCCAGGAGAGAGACUGUGUGUUGUAGUGGGUUGCCAAGCAAAGAGCCUGGGAAGCUGCGCUGAGCUCCUGUUGCUGCACUUCUCCUCCUUCGACAUCGGAAGGCGCCUGGAAGUAACGGUUUGCUGUAAUGAUGAGCGUCUGCUGCUGCCGCAUGUGCCUUACAGUCAAGUUGACACCAAGCCUGUCCGGGUGGCACCUUCUCAUGUAAUCACCAUCACUGCUCCCCAGGAUACACUCAGGCUUCCAAACCGACAUCUGCCAUCCUUUCUACCUUCCUAUACGGUGCCACAGGCUUUGAGAGACUGCGUGGCUGGGCAGAAAGACAUCCUUGUCAUCCAACCCUGUUUAGGAGAAGUGCUGUCAGCCUCUAAUGCACAGGCCCGUUUCUCUACACUCUUGUGGAUGGAGGAGAUUCAUGCCGAGAAUGAACUGGGAGGGUUUACUAUCCAAGGAGUGCUCCUCAGGAAAGGUGUCGUCUACCUUCACCUUGAGAUCCUUGGCUUGGCUGAGGGGAGGCCCUAUCUCACUAUAGGUGACAGAAUUCUGUUGAAGAGUCCACAGAGCGAUGGCGGUGUAAUGGAGUAUGUUAGCUAUGUUGUUGAGAUCAAUGACGAAGAUGUGAGUUUGAGAGUCAACUCAGACUUUCACCACUCCUACCUUGGCGAGCCUCUUGAUGUUGAAUUCUGUUACAAUAGAACAACCAUGAAGCGUUGCCACCAUGCAGUCGAACAGAUCAAAUCCUUUGUGGAGAAUAGCAAUGUGCCACUCAAGCCCACCCCCAGACUAGGCCACUUCUUCAACCGUGACCUCAACCCUGCUCAGAAGGAAGCAGUGAAGAGAAUCCUGGCUGGAGAGUGCCGUCCUACCCCAUAUGUGCUAUUUGGACCCCCGGGCACUGGGAAGACUAUCACCCUCAUAGAAGUCAUACUACAGGUGUACCACUUUGUUCCUAGUGCCCGCAUCCUUGUAUGCACGCCCUCCAACAGCGCAGCUGACCUGAUCUGCCUCCGUUUGCACAAUAGUGGCCUCAUGCAUACAGCAAGCAUGGCCCGUGUCAAUGCCUCUUACAGGCAGGACAAGAACAUUCCCGAUGUGCUGAGGCCAUACUCGAAGGCUGGCGAGGACCUGUCUUUUGCCUCCUUUCACCGUAUAGUGGUGAGCACUUGCUCGAGUGCUGGCUUGUUCUACAAUUUAGGACUCCGAGUCGGACAUUUUACUCAUGUAUUCCUGGAUGAGGCAGGUCAGGCAACAGAACCAGAAUCAAUGAUCCCAAUCAGCCUCAUUUCAGAAAUAGAUGGACAGAUAGUGUUGGCCGGCGACCCGUGCCAACUAGGACCCAUAGUAAAGUCCAAGAUAGCGUCAACCUUUGGCCUUGGUUUGUCCCUGAUGGAGAGGCUCAUGGCCAAUCCGCUUUAUGCAAGACAUCAGUGGGGAUACAAUCCAAAGCUGGUUACUAAGCUGAUCUACAACUACCGUUCUCACGAGGCUCUGCUAUCAUUACCCUCUAAGCUUUUCUACCAUGGAGAACUGUGUGUCAGAGCCCCUAAAGAUGUUGUGGACUCCCUCUGCCAGUGGAAAACUCUGCCUAAAAAAGGCUUCCCUCUUCUUUUUCAUGGCAUCAGGGGAAAAGAAAUGAGGGAAGGUAAUAACCCAUCAUGGUUCAAUCCAGCAGAGGCUGUGCAGGUCAUGUUGUACUGUUGCCAAUUGACCAAGAAACUGUACAACCCAGUGGACGCCUCCCAGAUAGGAAUAAUUUCCCCCUACAGGAAACAGAGUGAGAAGAUCCGUAUCCUCCUGGGUAAAGUGGGCCUCUCCGAUAUAAAAGUUGGCUCUGUGGAAGAGUUCCAAGGACAGGAAUUCUUGGUCAUCAUCCUGUCAACGGUACGCUCUAACGAAUUAGCAUCGAGCGACGAUUUGCAGAGUGCGCUGGGCUUUCUUGCUAAUCCAAAGCGCUUUAACGUGGCCAUCACACGCUCCAGGGCUUUGCUGCUCAUCAUUGGAAACCCCCACCUUCUCAUUAGGGAUACAUGUUUCAGGGCACUGCUUAACUAUUGUUUUACCAACGGGGGAUAUCUGGGCUGUGAUCCCCCUCCUGCUAUUAGAGACUCUCAGAUGUAA